AUGGAAGGGGUCCCUGAGUCGCACGACCGACUAAAACAGCGCGGUCUCCUCCACGAGUGGAAUGCGAGCAUGUACACGAUUUUUGUUUCCCACCAGUGGCUUGGACGGAAACAUCCAGAUCCGACCGGCGAGCAAGUUUCAGUAUUGAGGACAACGUUGAAAAGACUCAUCGACGGCUCGUUAAUGAUUGAUCUUGACGUGGUUUCCACCACGCACGGUCAGGAAAAUCGUUUCACUCCACAGACCCGGCAGCAGGUGGAGACUGGAUUCCUUUUUUUCGAUUGGUUCGCGAUCCCGCAAAUUACAGCUCGUGCAGAGGGGGUGAACGAAGAGGUCACGAAGUCGGAUGCGGCACGUGCUGUGAAUAGUAUUCCUGCCUACGUCGAGGCAGCGAGCCUCUUCAUUGCUCUGGUGCCCUUCGUGCGGGACCGAGACAGGCAGGAGUGGUGUUCAUACACGACUUGGCUUGCUCGCGGUUGGUGCAGGGCAGAGCUUUGGCUUCACAUGCUCUCCAGCAAGCCGGAUACCAGCGUCAUUCUCGUAACCUCUGUGACAGAAGCCAAGUUCAUGUUUCCCCUGGACUGGUUAGAGAACACAAUUGAUAGCGGCGACUUCACCGUCGAAGAAGACCGCGAAGCCUUCCGCUUCUAUCUGGCGCGCCGGUCCAGGAUGUUGGGGCAAAAUCGUUCCGAGCGGGGCUUGCAAGACUUUUUGGAUACCUUCCACUUCGCUAGCCUUGAGGAGGCUGCAACGGAUCAGAGCAGCAUGAACGGUCUAAUGUGCGCAGUGUUCAGUAGUGAUAGCGGGAUGAUUCGCGAGCUGGUCGGCAGCAGAGCCGACGUGAACUGGAGGUCUCAUGGCUUGGGAAAGGCUGGAUAUUUUGAUGGCCAGACCGUACUUAUCUGUGCAGCAAAGUCCCACCAGCCGGCCCCUGUCCUGGCCACCCUGAUCGAGCUCCACGCGGACGUCCACGCCACGAUCGCAAAUGGCUCCAAUGUUCUGCCCAUGGUGCGCUCGCCUGAGCAGCUCGAGGUGGUCAUUCGAGCAAGGGCAGACCUGAAUAAGAUUACUCAUCCGGUGGGAAACACUCCACUCGGUGGUGCCUGUGGCAUGGCCAACUCCGAGACGAUCGCUGCGUUGCUGCGGGCAAGGUGCAAUCCGAACCCGCCAGUGUUUGGCCACGGGUUGAGCCCCUUGCACAGCGCGAUCUUCUUCUCCCGGGGCAACCUCUCUGCUCUGAAGAGCGUAGAGUUGCUGCUCGAGCACGGCGCCAAUGUGAAUGCCAUCGCCGCUCCGACCGGAGCGUUCAAGUGGGGUUGCCAGGCGGCCAGGGUCUACGAAGCAGUCGUGGGGACCUCCAGGAGCAGUUUUCGCACGCGAUGCUUUGCCCUCCUCCCCGGCAUAUCACCCCUGGGUAUCGCGUCUUUCAUCGGUGACCCCGACUUGGUGCAGCUCCUGCUUGACUUUGGUGCCGAUUCUUCCGUGCCCAACACUCGGGGGGACCUCCCUGAGGAUCUGGCUACGGUGAACGGCCACCUUCAUCUAUUGCCCAUCCUUCUCUACAAGAUGUGGACGAUGUACGCCUUGACUGGAACAGUUGGCUGUAGCGCCGUCAACCAGACGAUCGCCGCGAUGCUGUCGGCUCUCCCUCCGGAUUCAACCGAAGCCCUCAUUCAGGGCGUCUGGUGGUACCAGCUCUUCCUAGAGGGGGCCGUCCGGCCAUGGCGUCUUAGCGAUUUGAGAGAUGCCUUCGAAGGUGCGCCGCAACAGAGUCAGUUUUCCUUGCUGGAUGCAGUGGCCCGGGCACGAGCCGUACUGGUAGCAGACAGCGGUGUGACGCUUGGUGAUGCUGUCGUCACGAUUGCAAGUGAAACCAAUCAUACAGGGCCGGAGGAAGUUCAACACGUUGCUUAUGCUGCUGCACUCUUG